AUGACAUCCUCGAAAGAAUGGGCCAAGAUGCUCCGCGGUGAGCUCUAUAUGCCCUGGGACCAAGAUCUCCAAGACAACCGCACCCGCUGCAAGCUAGCCUGCGAAGCGUUCAAUGCCGCUGGGAAUGCAUCAAGGCGACAGAAAGUCGAGCUCUGGCGAAAAAUCAUUGGUGACACCCGCCCUCUGCCCCCAAUAGACCUGGAUCCGAAGCAAGACGAGCAGUUAUUCGACGAAACAGACCCAUUUGUCGAUGGCCCAGUCUCUGUGGACCAUGGUCUAAAUUUCAAAGUUGGAGCUGGUACAUUCCUCAACUUCAACCUGCUCGUCCUGGAUACCUGUCUUAUCACUAUUGGCGAACGGGUGUUGUUCGGUCCGAAUGUAUCUCUUUAUGGAGCCAUUCAUCCAUUUGAUCCAGCUGUUCGACAGGGACUGAAAGGACCUGAGGCUGGCAAGGAGAUACAUAUCGAGGAUGACGUGUGGAUUGGAGGCAGCGUGAUUAUUCUUGCAGGUGUACGGAUUGGCCGCGGGUGUACCAUUGGCGCGGGUGCAGUGGUGACAAGAAAUGUUCCUCCGUUCCAUUUCGCUGCUGGCAACCCGGCGAGGGUUAUUCGGAAAAUUGAUAGUGAGAUGGAUCCAGCUCGGCAAGAUAAUGCCAUUGAUGCAUGA